GGCAAGUCAUAUGAUGUUUGCCUUCCAACAACCACUCUAACAGAACUCCAUCAAUUCCAAAGAAACAGGAAGCUUGACAGCCUUUGCUAUCUCCCAACUUACUGCCUGAUUGUGACAUUCCUUCUGAAUCCUUUAUUGUCAGCCUUCUGAGGUGUAUGGUGAAACAGCUGCAUCAGAAACAUUGCUGAGGAAGCAGCUUGCAAACAAGGGAGUGCCAUGGGCUUGAGCUCUGCCAUCCUUCAUCUCUUCUACAAGUUCAAGCUGCUGCUGCUCUUUACUUUGUGCAUGAUGGUGGUGGCAUGGGUUACUUCUAGUUACCUUGUGGAUAACAUACAGGAGACUUCCAAAGUAAAGAUCUUGGAGGAGAGUUUCAUGAAGGCAGCCAUGCUGGAGAAGGAGAAUCAACAAAAGAAGGUCAUGUCAGCUAUGGAAGUUCCCACAGUGAAGUCCACCAUGAGUCACUGCCCUGCUCUCUCUCCCUACCUGCAAGGUUCCAGCAAGCUCAAGUUCAAAGCAUCCCUCACACUGGAAGAGGUACUUAAGGAGAACUCUCAGGUGGCAAAAGGUCGGCAUCGGCCUGCAGAGUGCUUAGCACUGCAACGAGUGGCCAUACUGAUCCCACACCGCAAUCGAGAGAAGCACCUGUUGUACCUGAUGGAGCACCUCCACCCAUUCCUACAGAGACAGCAACUGGACUAUGGUGUCUAUGUAAUCCACCAGGCUGGCAAUACCAAGUUUAAUCGAGCUAAACUGCUGAACGUAGGAUACCUGGAGGCCCUGAAAGAGGAAAACUGGGACUGUUUCAUUUUCCAUGAUGUGGACCUGGUGCCAGAAAAUGACUUUAAUAUGUAUAUGUGUGACAAACAACCAAAGCACCUUGUAGUUGGCAGGAACAACACUGGUUACAGGUUGCGUUACCAGGGAUAUUUUGGAGGAGUUACUGCUCUAACAAGGGACCAGUUUUCCAAGGUGAAUGGAUUCUCUAACAAUUACUGGGGCUGGGGUGGAGAGGACGACGACCUCCGAAUCAGAGUUGAGCUACAGAAGAUGAAAGUGAUGCGGCCAUCCCUUGAUGUAGCCAGGUACACUAUGAUCUUCCACACAAGAGACAGAGGCAAUGAGGAGAAUAGAGAGAGGAUGAAACUCUUGCGGCAGGUGUCCCAAAUGUGGAAAACAGAUGGACUGAACUCCUGUUCCUAUAAACUUCUCUCUGUGGAGCACAACCCUUUGUAUACCAACAUCACAGUGGAUUUCAACAUAUCACCCAAGAUCUCAUAACACUGGUUAUUGUAGAUUCUAGGAGACCUUAAUAGAUCUUCUGCUUGCAGUAGCUGCUGCAGUGACUUGAAACGCACCGUUCUAUCUGAAGGGGUCCCCUAGCAAGCACAGAGUCAGCAAAGAGGAAAUAGUUUCUUUCAUCCUUUCUAAUUAUUUGGUUAAGAAUUUUGUUUUGUGGCAGGCUGUGCGUUCAGUGGGAGCCCUGGGCUGACCCAGUGGAUAUGUUGCUGUGACUGUUUUUCAUUGGGAUAUUUAGAAAGUCUACUUGUUUGGGCGGUUGGCUUUUCAUUGGCCUUGUUGGGAGCUCGAACUACACACACUGAAAGCUUCAAUUCCAGUUGUUCUUUCCAAAUCUGCCAUUGUUAGAAACCAGGACACAGGAGCUAGCACAUCAUGUUUUCAAAAGAAGUGAGACUGCAUUGUCAGCCAAAGUGCACAAGAAUAUUUCAUAACCCUAAAGUCUUGUUGAAAAAGGCUGAUUUCCUCUCAGCCUGGGUAUGUAAGAAAAGAGAAGGAAGCAAUCAUGUUAACUACAGCCACAGCAAAGAAAGUAUAAACAUUCUCAAUAAAAUACAUCCCACUUCAC